AUGCUGUCGUUUCAGCCAGUGCUGGCUCGUACCUUUACUGCUGCCAACUGGCAGCGCUCUAGUCUCAACUCAGGAGCUGACGCGCACGCGAGGACGUUCCUGAAGAGAAGCACGUACCCAGCGACUGCUUCGUGUACACGCCGAGCACAACCGAGCCCCACGAGCACCGUCCAGUUCCUGAUGUGUAAGGGUGAUGAAAAGCCAGCGUACUUGCGGUUCCCGAUACCCGCGUAUGGUUAUCUCGGCAUUUCGAGCGUACUGGCGAUUGCGGCAAUAGGUUCUGUGUUCGAGCUCAGCUCCGGGAAGCCGCAGUACGGGGUCGUGUUCACCGCGAGCGUGUUGGCUCUGAGCCUGCCCGGGUUUCUGGCCACCUUCUGGCUCGCUUUGGAAAAGGGACGAGACGAGUCUGACCAAUAG